AUGACCCCCCUCUACCCUCUCCUCGCCCCCCUCCUCCUCCUCACCCACCAAUCCCUCGCAGCCCCAAACGACCAACACCAACAACAACAACAACAACGACCUCCCCACGUCACCGCACGAGCCGUCCAAGCCGCGAGAAGAAAUUCAGCAAAAAUUACUUCCCCGCCGCUGCCUUUAUCGUUGUCAUCAUCUACAUCAUCUACAUCAUCUACAUCAUCACCACCAUCCUGCCCCACAACUCUCACAGUGGAAAAUCAACCCGGUUGUGGAGGAUGUACGACAACAGAAUACGCGACGACUUUGACGCAGAGUGUGGAUUGUGGAGGAGAUGGAGGAGAUGGAGAAAGAUGUGAGUCGUUGGUGACUUCGACGUUGUAUCAUCGGGCUUUUGGGAUUUGUCCUGUUUGUGUCGGAGGUGUCCAAACUACAUUUGAUGGCGCGGGGACUUCGACUGUGACUUCUUGUUUGGUGGGUACGACUUUAUCGUCGUCGGUUUCGACGUCGACGGCGACGUCGUCAACUCCGGAGUCUUAUAGUGCGAAUUCGAAGGGUAUUUGA